AUGCAGGAGCGAGAGGAGCUCACCCCGCGAGUGCUGCCGGGCUGUCGCCCCGUGUCCAGCCAUCCCACCGGUCACCGUCCCCUCCUGUCCACCCUGGGAUGGCCGUGCCACCCCCCCCCCCGCCCCCGCCGCCUCCUGCCCCUCUCCCUGGGGCUCUUCCAGGGUGCCCUGCUCCUCUUCUUCACCUUCUUCAUCACCUACGAUGAGCCCUCGGCGCAGGCAGAAGAUGCCAACUUGGUGGCCAACCAGCUCUCCGGCAUCUUCCCCCUCUUCCAGGACAUCCAGGUGAUGCUGGUGGUGGGGCUGGGGCUCCUGCUGACGUUCCUGCCCCGCUACGGGCUCAGCGUCCUCACCCACAACUUUCUCCUGCUCAACUUCUCCACGCAAUGGGCGCUGGUGCUGCAAGGCUCGCUCCGUCGCUUCCACCACGGCCGGGUCCACCUGGACCUUCGCAACCUCCUCACCGCCGAGUUCGCCGCCGUGACGGUGCUCAUCUCCGUGGGGGCCGUCCUGGGGAGGACGAGCCCCUGCCAGCUCCUCGUCGUGGCCACCUGCGAAGUCCCCAUCUACCUCGCCAGCGAGUGGGCCAUCGUCACCUGUCUGGGCGUCCUGGACGUGGGGGGCACCAUCACCAUCCACGUCUUCUCCUGCUAUUUCGGCCUCGGCGUGUCCAAAGCUCUAUUCGGGGCGGCACGUCGGCCGGUGCACCCCAAGGAGACCGCGACGCCCCACUCCGACCUCCUGUCGCUGGUGGGGACGCUCAUCCUCUGGGUUUUCUGGCCCAGCUUCGUGGCUGUCCUCUGCCAACCGGGAGAUGCCCAGCGCCGUGCCAUCCUGAACACCUUCCUGGCCAUGAGCGCCAGCGCCGUGACCACCGUGGUGGCCUCCAGCCUGCUGGAGAGGGACAGCAAGCUCAGCCCCGGCCACCUACAGAACGGCAGCCUGGCCGGUGGAGUGGCCAUCGGCGCGGUGGCUGACAUGGCCGUGCCGCCGGUGGCCGCUCUUGCCCUGGGCAGCCUCUCGGCCGUGGCGUGCGUCCUCGGCUUCAAGUUCCUCACCCCGCUCCUGGCAAGGAAGCUCGCGCUCCAGGACCGGUGCGGCAUCCACAACCUCCACGGCUUGCCCGGCAUCCUCGGCGGCGCAGCCAGCGCCGUGGCCAUCCUGGUGGCAUCCGAGGACACCGCCGGGUCCCGUUUCUCCCAAGUGUCCCCCGUCGCGGGCGAUACCGAUGAGGGGGCGUGGAGAUGGUGGGGGGACCGCGGGGCGGGCGGGCGGGCGCUGUGCCAGGCGGUGGGGCUAGCGGUGGCCGUCGGUGGCUCGCUGCUCGCCGGGCUGCUCACCGGUGCUGUGCUUCGGCUGCCCUGCCUGGCCCGGCCGCCCGAGCGGCUCUGCUUUGACGACUCGCUGUAUUUUAAGAUCCAGGAUGAGGCCGAGAGCCCGGGGCCAGGCGGCACCGCCGAGGAAGGAGCCUUGGCUCUGAAGGAACGGGUUUAG